GUUCCUCUCACAGGUGGGUUUGCUGAGUUCUCCAGCGCUUUCCCAGGUCUCUGUGAAGGAAAAUCCACGCUCAUCCCUACCUGCAUUUCUCAACCUUGCCUACCUGUCUCCAGCAACGGCCCAACCAGAAUCCUGCCUCAUCUCUAUCUUGGGUGUCAGCGGGAUGUCCUCAACAAGGAGCUGAUGCAGCAGAAUGAUAUUUGCUAUGUACUGAACGCCAGCAAUACUUGUCCAAAGCCUGAUUUUAUUCCAGAAUCCCAUUUCCUGAGAGUGCCUGUGAACGACAGCUUUUGUGAGAAAAUUUUGCCUUGGUUGGAUAAAUCGGUCGAUUUUAUAGAAAAAGCAAAAGCAUCAAAUGGCCGUGUGUUGGUGCACUGUUUAGCUGGAAUAUCUCGCUCUGCCACAAUCGCUAUUGCAUAUAUCAUGAAGAGGAUGGAUAUGUCCUUAGAUGAAGCUUACAGGUUUGUGAAAGAAAAAAGGCCAACCAUUUCUCCCAACUUCAACUUCCUGGGCCAGCUUUUGGACUUUGAGAAGAAGAUCAAGAACCAGAGCGGUCAGCCUGGCCAUAUCAGUAAGAGGAAACUUCUGCACCUGGAGAAAAGCAGUGAGCACGUGCUCGUCCCAGAAGGGGAGCAGAGCAGCCUCUCCACCAGCCAGCUCUGCAUUACUGCUGCCUCCGAGAUCGUGGAACAGAAGCCUACGGACUGCAGCAGCCACUUGUCCCCUCUGGAAGACAGCCCACUGGUCCAGGGCAUAAAUGGACUGCACGUCUCCCUGGAUAAGGUAGAAGACAGCAACCGGCUGAAGCGCUCCUUUUCUUUGGAUAUCAAAUCUGUAUCCUACUCAGCAAGUAGCAGCUGUGUGACUGCAUCCGUUCAGGGCUUUGCCUCCUCCGAAGAAACCCUGGAAUACUACAAACACACGACUGCGUUAGAGGGCAGCAGCAAGUUGUGUCAGUUCUCCCCUGUUCAGGAGGUCUCAGAGCAGAGCCCAGAAACAAGCCCUGACAAAGAGGAAGCAAACCCUCCCAAAAAACCCCAGGCCCCCUGGCAGGUGGAUAGCCAGAGCAAACGGCAGCACCUGGGGAGAGCCAGUGGCAGCACCACCACCCAGCGGUCACUCCUGUACCCCCUCCACCGGAGUGGCAGCAUGGAAGACAACUACCGAACGAACUUCUUGUUUGGUCUCUCCACCAGCCAGCAGCAUUUGGCAAAGUCUGCUGCAGGGCUGGGCCUCAAAGGCUGGCACUCGGACAUCCUGGCUCCUCAGACAUCGGCUACGUCCCUUACCAACAGCUGGUAUUUUGCAGCCGAGUCCUCGCAUUUCUACUCUGCCUCUGCCAUCUAUGGGAACAGUGCUGCUUACUCUACCUACAGCUGUAGUCAGCUGCCCACGGGCUGUGACCAAGCCUGUGCUGUGCGCAGGAGGGCAAAGCAGGGUGAUCGAGGUGACUCCAGGCGGAGCUGGCACGAGGAAAGCUCUUUCGAGAAGCAGUUUAAGCGCAGAAGCUGCCAGAUGGAGUUUGGGGAGAGCAUCAUGUCAGACAACAGAUCCAGAGAAGAACUGGGGAAAGUAGGCAGUCAGUCGAGCUUUUCAGGCAGCAUGGAAAUCAUUGAAGUGUCCUGAGGGGCAGCAGGCUCGUGUGACUGUGUCGGACUUGCUUCCCCCUCCAGGCUGCUUCCCUGUAAAUCUGAAAAGAACAAACUC